AUAAUUAUAAUUAUAUACACACUCAGUGUCUCGCAUAGAUACAGAGAGAGAAAACCAACAAAUUGUUUCAGGUUACAUCUCGAUCGAUCAACAUCUACACUCCAAAUCACCAAAGUGGCCGCCUGCACCGACACUUCCUCGGCACGCUCUCUCCGACUCAAAACCCUAAGGAGAAAACUUCGAUAUCACCGCAGAUGCGGAAUCGACAACAACGGUGAAGUGACGACGACUGUGAAUCGCCGCGAAAUUUCAGCUAAAGAUGCCCAAUGAAGAGGAAAAUCUCAGAGAUGUGGAAAAUCCCAAAGAUGGUGAGGCCCAGAUAGGUUCAGAUGUUUCAUCUUCUAGCGAAUCCCAAGUUACCUGGUAUAGUGGCUUACUUCAUCAAGCAUCAGUCUAUGGUAUAGCUGCCGGAUACUGCCUUUCGGCAUCAUUGCUCUCCAUUAUCAACAAGUGGGCUGUUAUGAAAUUUCCUUACCCGGGGGCACUAACUGCUCUACAGUACUUCACAAGCGCAGCUGGGGUCUUCAUUUGUGGGUGGCUCAAGUUAAUAGAGCAUGAUCGGCUUGAUCUUCUGACAAUGUGGCGGUUCCUACCAGCUGCAGUUAUAUUCUACCUCUCUCUCUUCACCAACAGUGAGCUACUUCUCCAUGCUAAUGUUGACACCUUCAUUGUCUUUCGUUCAGCAGUUCCCAUUUUUGUUGCAAUAGGAGAGACUUUAUACUUGCAUCAGCCGUGGCCGACAAUGAGGACAUGGCUCUCACUUGCCACCAUCUUUGGUGGUAGUGUGCUUUAUGUCAUAACAGACUAUCAGUUCACACUCAUGGCUUAUAGCUGGGCCUUGGCAUACCUAGUAAGCAUGUCCAUAGAUUUUGUCUACAUUAAGCAUGUGGUCAUGACCAUUGGUCUAAAUACAUGGGGUCUUGUGCUGUACAACAAUCUCGAGGCUCUGCUACUGUUUCCAUUAGAGCUUCUUAUUAUGGGAGAGUUGAAGAAGAUAAAGCAUGAAAUUACGGAUGAGUCAGAUUGGCACACUUUUCAGGUGAUUCUUCCAGUUGGAUUAUCAUGUCUGUUUGGUUUAGCCAUCUCUUUCUUUGGGUUUUCUUGCCGCAGAGCAAUUUCUGCAACGGGAUUCACUGUUCUAGGCAUAGUGAACAAGCUAUUGACAGUUGUGAUUAAUCUGAUCAUUUGGGACAAGCAUUCAACAUUUGUGGGCACGAUAGGGCUUUUGAUAUGCAUGAUAGGUGGGUUUAUGUACCAGCAAUCUACAAGCAACAAGCCCAAGGCUGUGAAAGAAGUAAAUGCACAGGAGAGUGAGGAGGAACAACAGAAGUUACUUGAAAUGCAAAGCCACACACAGAGCAAUAGUGAUGAGAAGCAUCCCACAGAUCUAGGAGAGGGAAAAUGAGAGGUCAGAAUUAAAUCUUAUUGCCUUGUUUUUCAAUCUUCUUGUCAGUGAUAAGGACUAGGGGUAGCAAUUUUUUUUUGCAUUUCGCCAAUUUUGUGCACCUAUUUGGACGCAUAUCUGUGAUUGGAAUUUGAGCAGGGGUCUGAUCCGGAUGUUGCAUUCUUUUGAUGUAAUUUUCAACGAUCGGAAAGAAGAGGCAGCAUUUGAAUGAUUCUUUUAGUUGCGGUAGUAAUUCGGAGUUCAUAGAUGUGGUGUGGAUGUAAUUGGUCCACCUUUACUGAUUGAUAAAAUUGGUCUAGGAUAUGAUGAAAUAUGUUCCUUUUUCUUCUAACUUUGAGAAUUUCGUUCAUCAA